AUGCCAAACUUUGUAGCUCCAGAAAUCAAAAAAUUUGUGACUUGGGACUACGUUGUUUUUGCAGCAUUAUUUUUAGUCUCUGCCAGCAUUGGAGUCUUUUUUGCAGUUAAAGAGAGGAAAAAAAAAACUUCAAAGGAAUUUUUGGUGGGCGGUAAGCAGAUGACAUGUGGACCCAUAGCUUUUUCUCUUACAUCAAGUUUCAUGUCAGCAGUGACAGUCCUGGGGACACCCUCUGAAGUUUAUCGCUAUGGGGCAUCCUUUGUGCUCUUCUUUCUUUCAUAUACACUUGUCAUAAUUUUUACUUCUGAACUUUUCCUACCUGUUUUUUAUAGAUCUGGCAUCACAAGCACUUACGAGUAUUUGGAGUUAAGAUUUAACAAGAUUGUCCGUCUUGCUGCAACACUGAUUUACAUCCUACAGACGAUCCUUUACACAGGAAUUGUGGUCUAUGCUCCAUCAUUGGCACUCAACCAGGUCACUGGAUUUGAUCUCUGGGGCUCUGUAGCUGCAACAGGAAUUGUCUGCACUUUCUAUUGCACUCUGGGAGGAUUAAAAGCUGUUGUCUGGACAGAUGCAUUUCAAAUGGUUGUUAUGGUGGCUGGCUUCGUGGCAGUUUUGAUUCGAGGAACUAAUCUGAAUGGUGGAGCAACCAAAGUCUGGGAAGAUGCCCAUGAAGGAUCUCGGCUAAACAUAUUUGACUUUGAUGUUGAUCCUUUGAGACGACAUACCUUCUGGACAAUAGUUAUUGGGGGAACAUUUACAUGGCUAGGGCUCUAUGGCGUCAAUCAGUCCACAAUACAGAGAUGCAUUUCCUGCAAAUCAGAAAGGCAUGCUAAAAUGGCGCUUUACUUGAAUUUAUUGGGACUCUGGACAGUCCUAGUAUGUGCAGUAUUUUGUGGAUUGGUGAUGUACUCUCAUUACAAGAGCUGUGACCCUUGGACUGCUGCUUUCAUUUCAGCUCCUGAUCAGGUCAUGCCAUACUUUGUUAUGGACAUCUUUUCUUUGAUGCCAGGAGUCCCAGGACUGUUUGUUGCCUGUGCAUUCAGUGGAACAUUAAGCACAGUAGCUGCCAGCAUCAAUGCUUUAGCAACCGUUACCUUUGAAGACCUGGUAAAGAAAGGUUUCCCAAAUGUCUCCGAGAAGAUGAGCACAUGGAUCAGCAAAGGCUUGUGUGUACUAUACGGUGUCGUGUGCACUUCCAUGGCUGCAGCAGCAUCACUGCUGGGAGGAGUCGUGCAGGCUUCCCUUUCCAUCCACGGGAUGUGUGGGGGGCCCAUGCUGGGAUUAUUUACUCUGGGAAUUGUGUUUCCCUGUGCUAACUGGAAGGGUGCUCUCGGAGGCCUCUUAGCUGGGAUCAGCUUGGCUUUUUGGGCUGGUAUUGGCUCUUUCAUCUACCCGGCACCAGCAACAAAGUCCAUCCCUCUGCAGCUGUCUACCCUCAACUGCACCCUGGCUAACAGCACCGAGGCACUGAUAACAGCAGCUCCCACACUGGCUCCAGAGAGGCCUCUGCUGGCAGACACCUGGUACUCCCUGUCCUACCUGUACUUCAGUGCCAUCGGCUGCGUGGGCUGUGCCAUCACCGGGCUGUUGAUAAGCUUUAUAACAGGACCUAGUAAAGGAGAAGACAUCCCACCAGUGUUAAUUAAACCAGUCUGCAACUUGUUUUGCUUUUGGUCCAAAAGACUCAAAGUAUUCCUCUGGUGUGGUGUGCGGCACGAUAGCCUGGAGAUGGACUUUGAGAAAAAACUUCCGGAAGCUGCUGCAAAUAAAACCAGAACAGAUAAGACCUUCAGGAAUAAUACCAACAAAGAAAAUAACCACCAGAUCCGUGGUUACAAUUCUGAAGAAAAUUCAUAUACAAAUAUAAGCAGAGAAUCUCACCUCUAG